AUGGACACCUCCCCCUUCUCGGGGUGUAUGGACACCUCACCAGCCAUGUCGCGCGCCAGCUGGCUGAAGGAUUGGCUUCCUCGGCUGCUGCUGAAUCCAUUUCGCUCUUCUCUUUCAAAGAAAAGAAAAGCUGAAGACAGCAGCAGCAGCAGCAGCAGCAGCAGCAGCAGCAGCAGCAGCAGCAACGAUGCGGCUCAUCCGUUCAAGAAGCUGCGGCAGCAAAUUCCAUCGAGAGCAAACGACAGACCUGCAGCCACACCGAGUUCGCUUUCUGCUGCUCACAGCUCGCAGCAGCAGCAGCAGCAGCAGCAGCAGCAGCAGCGGAGUGGAGUCUACGCGGCUCGUUCGUUAAGGGCUCAUCAAUUGACUCCUCUUGUUCACAAGUGCCGAGACGCGGAGAUAAACAAAAUUGAAAAAGUCAAAACUAAGCAAGCAGCAAGCCGCGGGGUGUACAGACAGCUGCAUUCCAAGACACAAGGCCUGCAGCAGCAGCAGCAGCAGCAGCAGCAGCAGCAGCGGCUAGUGCCUCCGCUGUCGCUGCAGCAGCUGCAGCAGAAUCCGCAGCACCCUCGACCUUUCCCCAGCUUGCUGCCUGCUGCUGCUGCUGCUGCUGCUGCUGUGGAGAAGCCGCAAACGAGUGUUUUCCUCUGCAAAGGUCCAGCAGCAACUGCAAACACUGCAGCAGCAGCAGCAGCAGCAGCAGCAGCAGCAGCAGCAGCAAGCGGCUUGUCCAGCAACUCUGUCGCCGCACUGCGGGGCAACCGCCUGCACCCUCUGCCCGCAACUGCUGCUGCUACUACUACUACUACUGCUGCUGCUGCUGCUGCUGCUGCUGCUGCUGCUGCUGCUCGGUCUACCUCGUCGCUGCCGCUGCUGCCGCGCCUCUUUGCUGCUUCUCCUUUGAGGAGCCGCAGCACUUCGGCGUUGCCUCUGUUGGCUCCAGCAGCAAACAGGCCCCCGGCUCUACUCCCCCAGCAGCAGCAGCAGCAGCAACUGCAGCAGCAGCAGCAGCUACAGCAGCAGCAGCAGCAGCAGCAGCAGCUGUUUCUUGGGCGGCAGCAAGGGCAAGCAGCAAAGCUGCGGAACAGCAGCCGAACUGAGGCGGAGAAUGCACAGCGACCUCCGAGGCCUCUCGAGUGCAGCAGCAAAAGCUUCAGCAUCAGCAGCAGCUGCAGCAGCAGCAGCAGCAGCAGCAGCAGCAGCAGCAGCAGCGGCCUGUCCUUCAAGCUCAGCGCAGCAAGCUCCAGUGUUUACUUCGCAGCAAAAGCAGCCACAGGGGCCCCCGCAGCCUCCAGUGGGGGCCCCACAGGGGGCCCCCUAGAGGGUAUUUCGGGGGCCCCACUAAAGGGUACAGCUGGAGGGGCCCUGGGGGGCCCCCCGGGGGCCCCCAAGAGGCCCCAGCCUGCUGCUGCUUUGGGGGCCCCUGGGGGGGCCCCCCUGGGAGCUGCUUUGGGGGCCCCCUUGAGUGCUGAGGGCCCUUUAGAAGCUCUUGAUUUGUUUCGAUCUCCAGUAGGCUGCGGGGGGCCCCCCGGCGCGGCGGAGGGCGAGGCCGAGACCCCUGCUGCUGCUGAGAGUUGGGGUUUGGGGCUUUGCACUUCUUCUAAAAGCUGCGGAAAUGAAGCAGCUGCCUGCGCCAGCUCUGCGAGACUGCUGCUGCUGCGUGGCACCAGAAACGCGGGGCUGCUGCUGCCGCUGCUGCUGCUGCUGCUGUUAAUGCUGCUGCUGCUGCUGUUGGUGCUGCUGCUGCUGCCUCGCUUUAAGGGAAAUGAAGUCAAAUACGUAGUGCUGCUGCACUCACAGCACUGCAGUAAAGGUGCUGUGAGGCAGAUAGAAAGAGCAGCAGCAGCAGUAGAGCAACAGCAGCGGCUGCGAAAACAGCAGCAGCAGCAACAGCAGCAGCAGCAGCAGCAGCAGCAGGGAUGGCAGCACUUGGGACGCAUGUGGAAGCAGCUCUGUCUGCUGCUGAGAGACAGCGAGCUGAUUUUUUACACCCGCGGAAACUACCACCCCAAGAUUGCGCUGAAGCACCUGCAGCAGCAGCAGCAGCAGCAGCAGCAGCAGCAGCAGCAGCAGCAGCAGCAGCAGCAGCAGCAGGUUGCGCUGUCUCACCGGCAGCAGCAGCAGCUGCCCGGCGCGCGCCCCGCGUGGGCUGCCUGUGCUGCGCUGCUGGCCACGCUGCAGCAGCAAAAAGAUGUGGAUCCUUUUUCAGUGUUUGGAGAAGCUCCUCCGCAGCUGCUGCUGCACGAGGUGUACGGACAGCAGCACUACAACGCUGUGGGGCCCCACACCCUCAGCACCCACCCAGUGGUGUCGAAGCUGAUGAAGCAAAACAUCAUCCCCCCCCCCAGCAGCAGCAGCAGCAGCAGCAGCAGCAGCAGCAGCAGCAGCGGCGGCGGGGCGCGCAUCUCGGCUGCUGUGUGGGAGUCCGUGCUGCUGCCGGCGCUGCAGCAGCACUGGGCAGCAGAAGCUGCUGUGGAACUCGACUGGAGGGGAGACCCGCUGACUGCAGCAGACUGCUGCUGGUACUUGCAAGCAAUAGCAGCAGCAAGAGACAUAAGUGAUGAAGUGACGAACAAGCAGUGUUGCUUUUGCCCCACGCCGCCUCCCCACGCGGCCUGGGGGUGGACAGACACCCGGCGGAUCUUGCGGCAGCGCGUCGACGCUGCUGCUGCUGCUGCUGCUGCUGCUGCUGCUGCUGCUGCAGCAGCGGGGGGCGGGAGGCGCGCGCUGCUGUUUUGCCUCUCGCCUUCUCCUAUUAAACAAGGAAAGAGACAAACAAACAAAAGGCCGAAGAUUAAAGACAGCCACAGCAGCCAGAAGGCGAAGCCGCCGCCUGCUGCAGCAGCUGCUGCUGUUGCUGCUGCUGCUGCUGCUGCUGCUGCUGCCGUGUCUCCAGUCACGCCCGGGCUGCGGCAGAAGCGGCAGCGCAUGGCCAGGGCAGCGGGAAGCGAGAGCAGCGAGGCAGCAGCAAAACACUCAAGAAGCAAAUUGAGUAGAGGCGCUGCUGCUUUCUGCUGCCGCCAAGACAAAGCCCAGCAGCAGCAAGUGACUGCAGCAGCAGCAGCAGCAGCAGCGCCAGCCCUUGCUGCUGCUGGCAGGGGAGGUCCCGCGGCCGCAGCAGGCCCCGUACCAACAGCAGCAGCAGCAGCAGCAGCAGCAGCAGCAGCAGCAGCAGCAGCAAGUGAUGCCUCCUCUUUCAGGGGAGAGUGGAGCCGCGCGCUGUCUGCGGUGCAGUGCAAAUUAGAUGAAUUGAAAACAAAAACAAAAUCCAAAGAAAGAAAGAAAGCAGCAAUAGGCGCGGCCCCACACCCAUGCAAGGCCCUUACUAGCAUCGCAUCGUGCAGCAGCAGCAGCAGCAGCAGCAGCAGCAGCAGCAGCAGCAGCAGCAGUAGCCUUAGGUACGCCUGCAGCACCUCCACCACCACCAGCACCAACAGCAUCGGCGGCAACAGCAGCAGCAGCAUCAGCAGCAGCAACAUCGCCAGCGGCAGCAGCAACGUCAGCAGCAGCGAAAUUGGCAGCAGCAGCAGCAGCAGCAGCAGCCUAAGGUAUGUCCCGUCAAACCUCUUUGAAUCUGUGGGAGCUCUUGGCAGUAACGGGGGGCCCCCCAGCCUCACGCCCCCAGCCAUGGGGCUGGGGGCCCCCGCGGGGGCCCCUGUGGGGUCUUUUCCGAAGGGGGCCCCCAUCGGGGGCCCCUCCAAGGGGGCCCCCAAGCUGCUGAAUAGGAUAUACUACAGCAGCAGCAGUUUGCCCCUCCUUGGCCGCCAUGUCAAGUCCCCUACUGAAGCAGUACCCUCUUUUGGGGGCUGCCCUCCCACGGGGCCCCCGGGGGCCCCACAGGGGGCCCCCUUCAGUGGGCUCUCCCGAGGGGGCCCCCCCUGUAGUGAUGGCGCCCCAGUGGCUUUUUAUGGGGGGGCCCCCCAGGGGCCCCCGGGGCCCCAGGGGCCCCCGGGGCCCUCGAGACCCCUGGGGCCCCCGGGGCCCUUGGGGCCCCCGGGGGCCCCCUGGGAGCUGCGGGGGGUUUCGGGGGCCCCCCUGCGGACGGGCGGGUAG